AUGUCGGACCCAAAGCGCACGCGUCUCUCGGGCGAUGCCUUGUUGCUGCAAGAGGGUAGCAAUAGAGCCAUGGCCGCGCCGCUGCACACCUGGUUCACUUCGCCAGCGCGGACGCAUAGCAACUUAGCGCAAGCGAAAGAGCUGCCCUUGCACCUGAUCCAGCUCAUCCUCACACACCUCGACGAUGUCGGUGACCUCGCGCGCAUCACGCGCACAUCGCGUCUGUUCUACUACAUGACGCUUCCGCGGCUCUACGAGACGGUCACGUUACACUCGUACGCCGAGAUACGAUACGUAGAUGGCAGGCCAGAAGGCUACGGCAAUGGCAGCCCGUUUGCCAUGGGCCUCAACACGCUCGUGUCGCGAAACUUUGGCGACUACAUACAGACAUUCCGGGUCAAAGGCGACUGGCGAGAACAUGAUACCGAGGAGUACAAGCAGGGGCGGGUGCCGGACAACAGCAUGAUACUGCAGGUUGUCAUGCGUGCCGCCAUUGACAAGAUGAAGAACCUCAAGGCUUUCGCUUGGGAGCUGAGCACUCCUCCUUUGUAUACCGUCUACCAGGGCAUCGCAGCCAGGACGACGCUUGUCUCGCUCACCCUUCGGUGUCAAACCAAACGAAUACCACGGCCGACCACCGUUAUACCUCCGCUUCCGAACCUGACCACUCUGAUCGUGUAUGAUAUCGAUCCCCUCUGCUACCCCGACGAUAUCUCGCUGCUUCUGUUGGGUUCCAAAAAGCUCGAGCACCUCACAUUACACUGGAGUCCGCGCAUGAGGGCUGUAGGCGAAGAGUCGGUUUCGCUGCACUCGCUAUUCGGACGCUGCAUGUCUGCCAAGCAUUCUAUACCUCUCAAGCACCUGGGAAUAUACAACAUCUACACCCGCUUCUCUGACGAUGGCUUCCACCAUGUUAUCCGCCCCGACACCAAUACAGAGCUCACCCUGAUCAACUCCAUGGGCUCCUCGGACCCUAUGACCGUUUUUGCCGACGACUCUUGGAGGAUACACAGUAAUCACCCAACGCCUCACAACCUGAAGGUGAUGCGCACCGAUAAUACGGAUAAAGAGAGCGCUGUCAUGCUAGGUAAAUUCAAGGGCAUGGAGCGGUUUUACAUUGUGAGCAACAGGCGAGGCAAAGACUCACCAAGAUCUACCAGCGCUGCUGCAACCCCAACAACACCGUCCACGAUGACGCCGGGUGUCAUCGGAGUCUCUAGCGCGAGCAGUACUCCAAAACACACGACUGACCAACGCUGUCGCAGCAUCGGGAUGCCACCGCUUGAGUCUCUGCGCCAGGUCUUUGCUCUAGUGCCCAAGCUCUGGGCCGUCCGUUUUCUAUUCCGCCCAAGCUCUGACACAAGCGAGGCGCCGUAUCAAAUCACGGAUGCUGAGAUGCAUGCCUUCGCGAUUGGAACAGAGUUCUGGCGACCGGAGUACAAGAACGUCAAGUACGUUGGCUACGGCGACAGCAUCGUGCUUAAGCUAGGCGACGUUUACUACCCAUCAAAUAAGGAGUCGACACCGAACACCCAGGACAACAGCAUGAACGCGAAAAGAGCAGGACCAAUAAGAAAAGUAACAGUUGUGAGAAGGGAAGACGUAAAUCACAUCGAGAUUUGGGGAAAGGACACUACGGAAUUCGAUCCCUUGAACCCUUGA